AUGCCUCGUCAAUCCCUACCGGAAAUCGUGGCCCAGAAAUUCACACAUUUGGCUUUAGCCGAUCCAUCGUUCGCUACACCAUCACCAAUAGAUUUACUGUUGGGUGCUGAUAUUUUUUCUUCUGCGUUGAACGGCAAGCGUGUUGAGGUGGGAAACGUUUAUCCAGUGGCAUUUGGCUCGAUCUUCGGGUGGAUUUUGAUUGGACCAGUUCCCUCAAAUGCCAUGUCAGCCUUUCAUGCCAUUCCUGUCUCGUUGACAACUUCGAUAGAAUCCUUGAUGGAUCGUUUCUGGCAUGUGGAAGAGCCGGAUGCAGCUCCGGAAACAUUUACUGUUGACGGUAAAUGUGAGGCCAUUUUUCGAAACGAGUGCUCUCGUGAUCCCGAAGGCCGUUUCACGGUUCCAUUACCAUUCCGUGAAAAGGUGACCUCCGACGCAUUUCAUGGGUCUCGUGCUAUAGCUCUGAAGCGUUUCGAGAAUUUAGAGCGCAAGCUCCACGCCGAUCCUCGACUCCGCGACAUGUAUGUACAAUUUAUGUCCGAGUACAUCAGCCUAGGCCAUAUGACUGUUGCGGCUGCUCCCGGACGUUAUUUCAUCCCACACCAUGCCGUAUACCGAUCAUCGGUCCCUAGUUCGAAAAUUCGCGUCGUUUUUGACGCUUCGGCAGCAUCGUCCACUGGCACUUCCUUGAAUAAUUGUCUGCUUACAGGUCCCAAGUUGCAGCAAGAUGUAGUUGAUAUUCUAUUAUUGUUCCGUUUGUCUCGUUAUGCAUUUACCACUGACGUGUGCAAGAUGUACCGACAGAUCCUGGUCAAUCCCGAGUACAGACCAUUCCAGCAUAUUUUUUGGCGGGACUCGCCAUUCGCUGAACUCAAAGAAUACGAGCUGAACACCGUCACCUACGGUGUCAAUUGUGCUCCGUAUCUUGCUAUGCGGGUUAUCAAAUCGGUCGCUGAACAGGAUUGUAAAGAUUGUCCGGCUGUGCAGUAUGCACUGCUCAAACAGACCUAUGUUGACGAUAUAUGCACUGGUGCCGACUCGGAGAAAGAAGUUUUAGAAUUGCAAUCAUCUAUCAUUUCCAUAAUGGCUGGUGCUGGUUUUGAAUUAAAAAAAUGGUCGAGCAAUAACAGAGAGGUUUUGGAUUGUGUUGCCCCAGAAGAUCGUGCCACUGGAUCGACAUCAUUCGACGGUAACGAUGUAUCCGGAGUAAAGGUCUUAGGGCUUCAGUGGGACCACCGUGAGGACAGUUUCAAUUAUGCAUUCCAACUCGAAUCAGUCGUUCAAACAAAACGCGGGAUGCUCUCUCUGAUCGCCCAGAUUUUUGACCCACUUGGAUUCCUUGCCCCGACGAUAUUUGCUGCGAAACACCUUAUGCAAAGGGUAUGGUCGUCCCACGUGUCAUGGGAUGAAACCUUGCCGGAUGAUCUGGCUGAGCUAUGGCGGAAUUUUGUGGCAGACCUGCACAUCCUAUCAGAUUUAAAGGUACCCCGCUUCAUAGGUACGCGCCUACGCAGUCGAUGUAUUCUAUGCGGAUUUUGUGAUGCCUCGGAAAAGGGAUACGCGGCAGUGGUUUACAUCCGACUUGAGGACACCAAUGAUCAGAGAUCAGUAGUAUUGCUAGGUUCCAAGACUAAGUUGGCUCCCAUGAAAUCAGUGACUAUUCCUCGACUGGAGUUAUGUGCCGCUGUGUUGUUGUCAAAAUGGCUACAUCGUAUCCAGCUCACGCUCAGUGUUCGUCUUAAUAUUACACACACAUUUGCAUGGUCUGAUUCAUCCAUCGUUCUAAGCUGGUUGACGGCACCCCAUCAGUCUUUCAAAAUUUUUGUAUCCAAUAGAGUGCAUAAAAUUCAGUCGCUGUUGCCCACGUCUCGGUGGCUCCAUAUUGGAUCGUCUGACAAUCCAGCAGAUUGCGCUUCUCGCGGACUCACUCCAUCAGAACUACUUAAUCACCAACUGUAUUGGGAAGGACCACGAUGUUUGCACUCUCCAAUAGAAACCUGGUCUACUGACUUUCAUGCAGUCCCCGUAGAUCAACUACCCGAACUAAGGGUUACCCAAACAGUCCUCACCACAAUUGAACCAGAGAGUGAAUGGUUCAAUAGAUUUUCGUCCUAUACUCAAAUGAUACGUGUUGUGGCUCGAGUAAAAAGAUUCAUAUAUUGUUGUCGUCACGGCCGACCAUUAGUUCAAAAUUCUUGGCUUUCUCGCAGCGAUCUAGAUGCCGCUAUUGUUACAAUUACGCGCUCGGCUCAGCAAUUUGCAUUCCCUGCUCUUCAUCGAGAACUGUCGGUGAACUCGGAGGUGUCCAAUAGUGUCCUUGCUCGCUUAAGACCAUUUAUAAAUGAAAAGGGGCUAAUUUGCGUAGGAGGUCGCCUACGUUACUCAGAUUUGCCAGAAGCACAGAAAUUCCCAAUGUUGUUGCCGAAGUCGUCGCACCUGUCCAUGUUGAUAGUUCGCCAUUGGCACCAAGUCACGUUCCAUAGUGGGCCCCGCGUGUUAACAAGUAUCAUUGCCAGAGAAUUUUGGAUCUUGUCAUUGCGUUCCCUUAUUCGGUCAGUUAUCAGUAAAUGUACAAGAUGUGUCCGUAUAGCAGCAGUUCAUCCUCAGCCAGUGAUGGCUGAUCUCCCUCGAUCACGAGUGUCCGAGUGUCGUCCGUUUUCCCGGGUUGGCAUUGACUUUGCAGGCCCACUUAAGAUGACAGAAAACCGCCUGCGCAAGUCCCGGGAAUACAAGGUCUACAUCGCCGUCUUUGUGUGUUUCGUCGUCAAAGCGGUUCAUCUAGAAGUGGUAUCAGACCUGUCAACCAAGGCGUUUUUAGCGGCUUUAGAUCGAUUCGUCGCACGACGUGGCAUUCCCACCGACAUAUACACAGAUUGCGGAACCAAUUUCGUUGGCGCUGCUCGCCAACUUAAUGACUUGAUCAAUGAUGUUGCUAAUCGUGAUCACAUCUCCGCCUCUGUUCGAACUACAUGGCAUUUCAACCCACCUAGUGCGCCGCACUUCGGGGGAUUAUGGGAGGCUGCUGUGCGUUCAACGAAAUCCUUGAUGGUGAAAGUGAUGGGGGAGCACACCUUCACUCUAGAAGAGUUUACCACAAUAAUCUGUCGGAUUGAAGCUAUUUUAAAUUCCCGGCCGUUGACACCGACUUCUACCGAUCCUUCAGAUUUAGAUUGCUUGACUCCGGGUCAUUUUUUGAUUGGGCAACCCCUGUUGACAAUUCCCACGAGUGAAGACAACGGGUCCAUAUGUCGACUAUCUAUUGCUAAUCGCUGGAAACUCUUACACCAGUGUGUUCAGGCCUUUUGGAAACGGUGGCGAGACGAAUACCUGCAGACGCUGCAAUGCCGUCAUCGAUGGUCUUCGGACGCACCCUCUUUCGCAUUAGGCGACAUGGUGGUCAUUAAAGAUGCCAAUUCUCCACCACUGACGUGGCGCCUUGGGCGUGUCAUCGAACUCAUGCCAGGCUUGGAUGGUGUAGUUCGAGUGGUCCGCGUCAGCACACAACAGGGAUCCAUGGUUCGCCCUGUCGUAAAGUUAGUUUUGUUACCAGCCACUCAGUGA